AAUCCUAAAGCAUAUGCAAUGAAUACACGGUAUACCAAAGAAAAAAAUAAAAUAAAUAGAGAAAACAAAAAAAAGGUCCAAUGAACAACAACUCGUCUAGAGCAGGCCAGUGGAUACAACACUAUGGACAACACCAAAUUCAAGAGCUUAGUCCAUGCUUCGAUGACAUUAACAUGAUGUCAACAUCCGUAUCUUCCCUCGGAGAACACGGUGGUAUUGUUGCGGCGCAUGAAACGGCCGGAAGAAGAUCUAGGGCUUCGAGGAGAGCCGUACCAACGACUCUCCUGAACGCAAACCCUAGCAACUUCCGAGCUCUUGUGCAGAAAUUCACCGGACGCUCUUCUGGUGGUGAAGCCAACCGUAGAAGGGGUCCGGUGACUCUGGAUUUCGGUUCUCCAACUACAAUCUCUAAAGAAGCUAUCUUCCCGGUGUCCGGAGAUCGAAAGAGAUAUGAUCAUGAUCACGUGCUUAACCAGCACGUGAGUAACGAGCCGCGUCACGUGACUUGGUUAGGUACGGAACCAACGACGACGUAUCAGCUGGGUGAAGAAAGUAACUCCGUGUUUGAUCAACAAGAUCAUGAUCUUUUGAGGGAAUAUUCAGGGAACAGUAGUUAUGAUGAUGGCUUGGAUCAUGUGGAUUAUUAUUAUCACGAUUUUCACCAAGGGACGGAGACGUUGGAGGAGUUUAUGAUGAGCGAUCUUGAUUUAUAAUAUAGCUUCUUUUUAGUAAUUAGAUGAAGAUGAAAAUAAUGAUUAUCAUGAUGUUACUACUCAAGGGGAUUUUCUUUU